GGCAACCUUGGCACUGCCACUGCAAGUACUGCUCAUAUCACCGCCCAUAUAACACACGCUUCAUAAUCGAUGGUCACCUGUCCAAUCAAUGGUACCAGCUACAUGAGUACCAUUGAAUUGUUCACACGUCAACAUUUCAAUUGGCUACUGAAGCUGUUAUCAUCCGUUAUCCAAGUCAACGUUCAGCGCUAGCAUUGCAGCACGUCAUGGAUCUUGGAUUGCAAGGAGUGCAUGUCAUCGUUACAGGGGCAAGUGGCGGCAUCGGGCUAGAGACUGUGAAAUUAUUUUGUGCAUUGGGCGCGAAUGUGACCGCACAUUAUAACUCCAAAUUUGGUCCGAUCCAGGAGCUUCUGGCAUCGAACCCCAGUCUUCAACACGUCCAGGCCAAUCUGUCUCAAGAGGAGGCCGUGGUGACCAUGUUCGAGUCGCUGGCUGCUAUGCCUCAUGGACCCGUACAAGUGGUGAUCGUUAAUCAUGCUAUAUAUCCAACUUCGGAUGUUCCAAUCGCAAGGAUGACGCUGUUCCAAUGGAACACCACCAUAACCACGAACUUGACGUCAUCAUUCCUGGUGUGUAGAGAGUAUUUGAAGCACCUUGAACGUGCAUCCUCUACUAUCAAGGAAAAGGCGGCGAUUGUGCUUAUCGGAAGUACUGCUGGGAAGUAUGGCGAAGCCAAUCACGGCGACUACUCUGCGACGAAGAGCGCAAUGAUGUACGGUUUAAACCUCACUCUCAAGAAUGAGAUCGUGAAGAUAGCUCUUAAAGGCAGAGUCAACUGUAUUGCGCCUGGCUGGGUCAAGACACCCAUGGCUGAAGAAGCCUUGAAGGAUCCUCAAAUAGUGUAUCGCAUAUUGUCUACGUGUCCGCUUAAGAAGGUGGCGAUGCCAAUCGACGUCGCGACGCAGAUUGUGGUCCUUGCAUCAUCCACUCUCUCCGGUCAUGUCACUGGUCAAGUAGUGAUGGUUGAAGGUGGAAUGGAGGGGAGAUUACUAAACAGACCAGAAGAUUUGCAGGGAUCUUAAGUCGGGUUUUCUCAUGAAUGCCUCAUCCGAAUCUGUAAUAUGUAUAGGAGAUGAUGAAAUGUCUGAAUUCUCCACAUGCAGCUUUAUAUUCUGCGCCGUGUAGUAUAUGCAAACCGUCGGACUUGAAAGGAAGGUGGUUCUUGAGUCCCUUAUUAGGUAAACG